CAGGAACCUGUGUGAGCCGCCCGCUGACUACUGUCUGCUGCACCGCGACGGCCCGGCGUCUGCGUUGAAUGUUUGGUAACAGUUACCUGCGGGUCUACACUUCCAAGAAGAAACCUGUUUUAAUCUACAAUGGCGCAAGAAGAACGGGAGCUGACGUACGAGAAGCGGGCCGACGCGGCGGACAUGGCGGGCGAGGACUACGAACUGCAGCUGUGCGCUCUGCUGGUGGUGCGGGCCGCCACCCACUGCCCGCGCGGCUUCUACCUGGCCAGCAACCACAGCCAGGCCGGCAGCUUCGACGACAUAGUGCUCUUCUGGCGGCAGGAGGUGGACGGCGGCGGUGCAGCGGCGUGGCGCGGGAUGCUGCUGCAGCUGAAGCACAAGCAGGCGGAGGCGCUGGGCCGCAAGGUGUUCCUGCCGGCGCCGCAGGACCAGAAGAAGGCCAAGGGCCAGGGCAGGAAGACGCCGCAGGCCAACUUCAGCCUGGUCGACUACUACGACUCCUACCGCCAGAAGGUGCGGCCCGCGUGGCAGCAGAUGGUCAGCAAGAUCGGAGACGUCCCACUCGAGCAGGUAACGGUCGGCAUAUUCACGAACACCGGCGUGAAGAAGAUGGACAUACGCGACGUGAACACCGCGCCCGACAUCGUGGACACUGGCGCUGUGAGAGACGCCAAGGAGAUUUCCAGAAUCACGGAGGUCACCUUCUCGCUGGAGGAGGAGGACGUCGGCUGCUGCUUCUCGACCUGCGAGGACCUGAGCGACGCCGGCGAGUUCCUGUCCAGGUUCCGGCUCUUCUGCAACCAGGCGAGCCUGGAGAAGCUGCAGCAGCUGAUAAAGGACGAGCUGAUGGCGGCCUUGGGCACGGGUCCCGGGGAGUCCACGGACGGCGCCUGCGCGGCGCUGCUCGCGGGCGUCAAGGCGUGGUGGACGGCCAAGAAGGCGGCGCCCUACCUCACCGCCGACAGCGCCCUCUGGACCGACAUCGUCCUCGCCCAGCUGGCGGACCUCGGGGACCCGCUCAGCGGCGCCGUGCGCGCGCUCGGCCUCACGUUCACGCCAGAAGCGACCGACCCCUUCAGCCGAGUCUUCUCCACAGCGCCAGGCCGGCCAGUGGUGGUGGUGUGCGAGCGAGGUUGCGGUCUGCUGUCGGCGGGGAAGGCGCUCCAGGCCCUGCAGCCGGACAGGGGGCUGGCCGUGACCGCCGAGGCGGCGGAGCGCCGCCUGCCCGAGGUGGCGGCCGCGCUGGCCAGCCGCGCCUGCCGCUGGCUGCUGCUGCUCCAGCCGCACACUGCAGACCCGCUGUCCGCCGCCGCCCGGAGCCGCCUGCUGGACGAGCUGCGGCGCCACCCCAAGACGCUCGUCCUCGUCACAGACGCAGACGGGGUGCCUCCUGACGCGACAGAGGGCUGGACUCGACACGACGACCAGUUUUCGCUGCUCCAGCUGGACACCGCGUCCCAGGAGCGGCUGCUGCAGAAGACCGUCAUCUUCCAGGGGCUGGACACGACUGUGGGGGACAUUGUCCAGGGCGACGGGGCGGAGCGGGUGCGGCGCGCGGCGCAGCUGCUGGGCGGGCUGCAGGUGCUGCGCCUGCUGAGCGGCGGCCCGCCGGCGGUGGGCGCCGCCCUGCGCGACGGGCCGCGCUACUUCGUGGAGCGGCCGCUAGAGCGGCGCCGCGAGCUGCGGGACGACGUGGUUCUGGCGCCGCCCCCCGGUGCCGCGCUCGCCGCCGGCGCCACCUUCUUCCGCGACGCCAUGAAGAGCGGCGGCGACAGCCCGCCGCCCGUCGUCCUGCUGCAGGGGAGGGAAUGGCCGGACGCGCAGUUCGAUCAGCUGUGCGAGAAGUGGGGCACGGCGGGCCGGUCGCUGCACUGGCUGUCCUGGCAGGACGGCGGCACGUGGCGGUGGGAGCGCAGCGUGGGCGACACGUGGGCGUUGCGCGGACACCUGGCGGGCGGCGGCUGGAGCGCAGAGUGGGCGCGGGACGCGCUGGAGGCGGCGCCGGGGGAGCGCGCCGUCGUGCUGGAGGGGCCGCCCGGCAUCGGCAAGAGCACGCUGCUGGCGCACCUCGCCGCCGCCGCCAAGCGCCGCCUGCCGCACGCGCUCGUGGUGGUCGUCGAGCUGGGCAGGUACAGUCGCGAGCUGCUCGAGAGCCCUUUCCUGGACGCUGGAAGUGUGAAGAAGUUGCUGAAGUUAGCAGCCAAAAUUGACGACGCCGCCAACGACGGUCUGGACGGCGCCAUUUUCGAUUUCUGCCUGGACGUCACUGGGGAAGCGGUCGUGGUCCUCGACGGAUUCGACGAGAUCUCACACUACGAGGAGCAGUUCGACAAGCUGGAGAAGGGCGCGGCGGCGCUGCGGGCGCUGCUGGACAAGACGCGCGUGCGCAAGGUGUGGGCCAGCACCCGCCCUGCCACCUGCCGGCCGAUCGAGGAGGCUGCGCGCGUUCUCGCCUUCCAGCUGCGCGGCUUCUCCGCCAGGGAGCAGCACAAGUUUUUCACGCUAUUCCUCGAGAGCACCGGCGCGAACGCUCACCUUCCCCAGGUGCUGCGGCAGGUGGAGGCCCUGCAGGAGCGGACGAGCCUGAGGCGGCAGGCGCUCAGCUUCCUGGAGGUUCCGCUGCACGCCGCCAUGCUGGCCGAGGUCGCCACCGGCGAGGACGGCUCGCAGGUGCUCUCCGACGGCGCCAUCGACCUGUGCCGCCUCUACGAGACGUUCUUCAACAAGAAGGCGGACAUCUACCAGCUCGAGAAGCGCAAAAUGGCCCUGCACGAGUCGCACACUGGCUGGGAAGCUGCAGCCGGUCGGGACGCAUACCAGGAAACCAUCAUCGUCUUUGCUCUCAGGGGCGGCGAGUCUUUCUCGGUCGGUUGCCGCCUGCAGGUGCCGGACGGCGCGCUGACGGCGGAGGACCGCGUGCUGCGCUGGCGGCCCCUGCAGUACGCCGACCUGCACGGCGCCUGGGAGGUGGCCGACGCGCUCCUCGCCUCCCACUACUCGCCCGGCGACCUCGCGCACACGAGGGACCGCCUCCAGAGGGCCGCGCCGCUCGCCGCGGACCUCCUGCGCGCGUUCGUGGCCAAAGGGUGA